UGUAGCGCCCAAAAGUGGAUUCACUUUCAUUCGACAUUUUUUUGAAACAUGUUUGUUUGACUCAUAAUGGCGCUCAAAGUUGUAUUCCUUCAGAACUGAAAUAGUUUGUUGGCAAAGAAGACAAAUCUCUAAAGUUAUACUUGUGGAUACUUUUCAAUGGAGAAAUACGAACACUGCCAUUUAUCCAAGAAAAGUUAGUUUUCGUUUGAUUUCUGACAUCUUUAAGCUUUCCUAUAUGGCUGAUAACCAAAUUACUGCCCUAUGUAAUCCUAACACCGGUACCUAUAAUUGAUAUACUAGUAUAAUUGAAUUGUUACGAUGAACACUUGCUUGAACUCAUGACAUAAAUUAGCGGUAUCUAGAUCGCAAAAAGGUAGAAAUAUAAUCUGUUGAACACUAUUUCACGUAAGCUUGGCGGGCCAUUUUAAAAUCGUUACGCGGGCCGGAUUUAGCCCCCGGUUUGGGGACCACUACACUAGAUGAAGCAUAGGCAAACGAAUUAUGAAAAUCUCAUACAGCUAUACGAACUAGAUCAGUGGUUGCUAAACUUUUUAAAAAAAAUUCCAUGACGGACCCUUGCAAUUUUUUCAAUGAUAUUCGUGCAACAUUAAAAGAUCACAAGAUCAAUGCGCCAUACAGUAUAGUGAAAAACAUCUCUCCUCUGCGUUUAUCACGAUUCAAGAUUCAUUGUUUCUCAAUUUCAUUUUAGGAGACAUCUUGAAAUUAAUAUUACAGGGUUGAAAACGUCAAAAUAUGUCAAGAUAGCCCUAACGUUAAUGUAUGUUGAAGGCUAAAUUUGACAGCUAAAAACUAAAACAUAGUGCCUCUCUUGCUACACUCUACUAACGCUAUUUUCAAUAUAUAGGCGUAAAACAGCAUUCAGAAGCGGACUAGCAUAACUUUAUAAACUGUCUACUUUAAAUCCCUCCUACCGUGUUUCCCCGGAAAUAAUACCUGCCCUGAAUUUUGAAAAUAAAUUUUAAUAUAAGUCCUCCCUUUAAAAUAAGACCUAGUCAAUAACGCAAAUUUUUUUUAACUGGUUGAUAGCAAAAAAUCUCUCCUACACGUUUUAAAUGAUUAAUUUGAAACGCAUGAGAGAGGUAACAUGUUAUUUAGAGGUAAAUGGAUAUCGUUUUUCAUAUUCUCGGUAAUUCUCUACUUCGUAAUUUAGUUUUGAUAAAUGAAAAUGAAAGACAUCCCCCAAUAAUGAGCUCAAUGAUUUUUUUUUGAAUAAAAAUAAGACCCAGUCGUAUUUUCAAUGAAACACGGUAUGCCAACGAACAUGCAAAAAGGCAGUGUCAGCUACAUCUACAUGUAGUUAGUUAACUCAUAAUGCUGUAAUGGCAGCAAUUAAACUCUCUCUGUGAUAUCAUAAGCCACAGCUCUGUGACAUCACAACGAGGCAGCGUGUUCGAAACCAGAAAGUGGGAAAUUAUUAUACUCAUCAGUCAUCAGCAGUCCCCCCGAAAGUGCUUCACAGACCCCAAAAGAUUCGUGGACCACACUUAGGGAACACUGUACUAAAUGAAGCAGAGGCAAAUGAAGAAAAAAAAUGCAAAACGAAUAUUAAAAUCUCUCACAGCCGCACGUACUAGAUACUGAGAUAAGGCAGAGGAAAAUUACAAAAAAUAAAAUGCAAAGUGAAUAUGAAAAGUGCUUGACACCAUACGGACUAGAUAAUGCAGAGGCAAAUGAAGGAAAUGGAAUGCAAAACAAUUAUUAGAAUUUGGUUUUAAGGCCGCAACAGUUUUAAUUUGUCUCCUAAUUGAACCAAGUUUGGUUAGAUCAUAAAAUAUUCAUUUACCAUUCUACCAAUUAAAUACAGAAAAUGUCACAAAACGGGUGGUAGAGUCGUUCAUUCUGGUCGGUUACGGCGUCCUCCACCGUCAAGUCCAUGCAUCUGAAACAAAUACCGGUACGGUACCGGUACUAUCAUAAAAUGCCAUCACCGCGAACUGCUUUCAAAUACCCAAAUGCUUGAGCCGAAAUUUAUUUUUAUCUUGCCUAGGACUGACCUUCCUUGCCAAAACAGGCACUAAAAUUAUUGUAUGUUGUUCUAACCGCUUAAUUUUCCCUCUCUAAUGGCUGAAUGGUUAACUUGAUGCUGUUAAUUACGGUACAGGUACAAAUCUAACAAUUCUAGUAAUAAGGGCUGUGAAAUUUUUAUAGAAGGUCAAAGGGUAUUAGAAAUUAUUAAUUUAUAUAUGGCAGUUUCCGUGUGAAUAAAUCUCUCGCCCAGGACAAAUCUCUACUAAAUUCCAAUAUAAUUUCCAACCUGAAAGAAUUAGGAUAGCCUAUUCAUUUACCUUUUAUAAACGAGCCAAAAAUAUGGACGGCCGUCUUUUCAUAUCUUCGAAGUUUCUCAAUGACACCGCCUUCGCCCGGAAAGUGAUAUUUGAAUCGUAAAUUGUUUGAGAAGCCUUUGGGCGGCAGUUGGUAAAGUCAAUUUUUAUAAAGCUAUACUUUUAUCGCUUUGUUAUGAAGUUGUCCGAGAUCCAACACCCAUUUUACGCUGGAUAUUCUCAUGAAUUACGCAGGAGAUUGAAAUCAUGAGACACAAAGCGAUAAAUACCAUAACAGCCACCUUAUUUGUGCGUGAGACAGAAUUUUCAUGGCGACAAAAUGAAAAAUGAGUAUGCAAACCUAUUGAGAGUAAAUUAGUUUUAGUCAAAUAGCAAUAAAUUUUAAUGUGACAGAGGGAAAUGACGUAAAUGGAUGCUGCGUAAAAUAGAGCGUUUUGUCUAGAAGGCGUUAGUGGUAAAAUGCUUGAAUAGCGAGACGAAUUGAAGAAAUAGUCAGAAUGGCUAAAGGUAUGAAUUCCUCAGUAGUUAUGAAUUAAUAGAAACAGGAAUGUGUAAUUGUGGUAGUUGUGCAGGAAAAGGCUUCAAUGAAAGAUUGUAAGAGUGGUGUUUAAUAGUCAUGGCGGCAACGUACGAUUGAUACUUUCCAAGCUAGUUCGUUGGGUCAUACGUAAGUCAAGCAGGGUCAUCUAAAAUUCUAAAUUUUCGAGCUUCGCUAUUCAAAAUCAAAAACCUCCGAGCUGCUUCGACUUAAAGUUUAUGGAGUGGCGCUCCAUCUUAUAUAGUACAACGCCUCUGCGUUACCUUUACCCACGAAACUUGCUACAAAUAUUACAAAAAAUGCCACCCAAUACAGCCAAUUGUAACGCUACUAAACCUACAAUAACCUUGAAUAUCACAGAUAUUUACUUCAUAGAUAAGCAUUUGGUUGCGUCACCAAACCUUUCGAGAAGCAAAUAUGGACGUCGUCGAAAUACUUUUCUUUCUCUCCCUCAUCUGUGGCUUGCUGGCUGAAGUAAAAUUACCGGCUGGAAUCUGCCGUUCCCAGAUCGUGAAGGGAAAACUUGUCCAGGUUGGAGAUUGCGAGAUAGACGAUGGAUCCGAUAUCCUCAAAUUGAUCCAGAAGAGUCUUGAUGAAAAGAAAAAAGCUGAAAUUAAAUGUGACGUCACGUAUAAGACGAAAUGCUUCCGAAUAGUCGUGUAUGAUACACGGAAUGUCACCUUCAAUGAUGCCCAACCAAUCUGCAAAUCAAUGAACAACGGGAAACUCGCGAACAUUUACGACCUCGCGCAUUACCAGUCACUUCGCACUUACUUACGUUCACUGAUUCCUGCUUCUUCGACAUAUAAAGCCAUCUGGACUGGGAUGCAGUAUAAGAACAAUCAGCUUUUGCUGUCAAGUGGAGAACCAACCUCUAUAGCAACUGAAGUGUGGUAUCCUGGUUAUCCGAAAUCCGAUGCAUCGUGGACAAAUGUUGGUGUUGAUGUUAAUAAAGAUCCAGAGUUUUCACGUCAGGGAAUGUUCAAUGAGCAACCAUCCUAUUCACUCCACGGUAUCAUCUGUGAAAUAUAAAACCAGCUCAAAACCUUACAGAACUUCGUUGACGGACUGAAUGAUAUAAACGACAAAGAGUUCUCACUUUUUAUUACUUAUAUUAUUUCUUUACUAUUGUUAAUCGUAUAAGCGAUACCUUGAAUUGGGUUCUCUUCUUAUUGAAACUUUUUGCUCAGAAAAUAAAAUUCAUAAGUUGCUCCAAGU